AUGUCAUUGGGCACUUCAAUCGAGAGGGAGAAAGAGAAAGAGGUAGAGAGAGAGUCAGAGAGAGAGAGAGCGAUAGAGGCGCAGAGAGAGACUGUCACAAAGGGAGAGACACACACAGAGAGAGACAUUCACAAAGGGAGAGACCUACCUGAGACAAAGGAGACAGCGAGGAGAGAGCAUCUGCAAAAGUCAAAUAGUCAAAACAGAGCAAAGAAAGUAGGAGAACAGAAUGAGGACUGUGCUGACUCUUCGACCCUGACUAAGAGGGUAAGUCUGAAGAGGUAGAGUACCUAUUUUUUUUGCAUGAGCACGUACUCUCUGUAAGAUUCAACUUAGAUUUCAAUUUUAUAAAAAAAUAGCAAAAUUGUCAUUAUCACUGCAUCAUUCUUGUUAUCAUCUAAGUGUCAGCCACAUCAGUGAAUGUAGUCAUUUAAAACUAAUCCUUAGGGCGGUAGGUAGCGUAGCGGUUAGAGUGUUGAGCCAGUAACGAAAAGGUUGCUGGUUCAAAUACCUGAGCCAACAAGGUGAAAAAUCUGUUGAUGUGCCCUUGAGCAAGGCACUUAACCCUAAUUUGAAAGUCUUUAGACGGUCUAGUUUUUUAGCAGUGUAUUGGUGCAAACAAACUAGAACAUAAGCCUAUUCAGGGGAGACAAGUGGUUAAGUUUACUCUCCGUGUUUGUUGUAUUGCAGUCCCUCAGCGAGUAGUUUUGCUUUAUGUUAACUGUGUGUGUUAUAAUGACAUGCAUCUGCACUUUCGGUGGAAGUAGUUUAAUUAGUGUUAUGGACUUCCCGCUGAUUUGAGAUGCCAGAUGUAUGGUGUCUGUGAAACCACUAACAAUAGACAAGUCUCAAGUUAGGAUGACACACUUUUAUUACACAUACACACUUUUAUUUUGUGUUAACUAAAUAUAUUAUCAGCUGGGUUACAGUAACCGAAUAUGCCCCAAAAUAUAGUAUAGGCAUAUACAAUUACUAUAGGUACAAAAGGUUUUCUCAUUGAGAGUUCAACAUUAGGUCAUGCAGUAUGCAGCAGUCAAUGGAUGAAUGUGUAUUCUGUACAGGUAUCGCUUCCGCUGCUGCAUUUAAGUGCCAACCAAAACUCUUAAUGUACUAUUGACAAAGGUGAUGACAGUGGGUAAUAAUGGUAUUGGGCCUGUGACGGAAAGAUUUCCAUGUGGUACACAAUCAAGUCAGGACAUCCCUUAUCAGUGUCAUGUGUCUACUGCUGUUCUAUGUAACUGUUAUUCAGGAUUGUGACUGUCUAAAUGUUUCUGGUGUUGCCCAUGCUCUGUUAUAAAAGCCUCUUCAUCUUUCCUUUUCCUCUUCGUUGUUUUACAUUUAAACAGUGGUGGUAAUGGCCAAGACAAUUUCUUCAUCUUCUUUUCUUCAUCUAUGUAACCUUUUGGUUUCCAGUUAGACAGUGGUGGCAAUGAUGUGGUCCAUGCUUCACCUGCUGUUCCUGCUCUCUGUGGCACCAGGCUUCAUUCACAACAUCCAAGGUAACUAGUGACUUCAUGUUACUCUCAGCCUACUCAUUCAGAUAAGAUCUGUGAAAACCAAACAGUACUUGCACCUUGUGGAGAAACACCAUUUAUUGAUAGAAUUUAUUUCCCCAAAAAUUGUAAGUCAGAUUUGUGAAGUUGGUGAGUUUGUGGAUUUUAAAAUGAUGUGUUACUAUACAGUAAUACUCUUUUUGGUUUGCCUUUGCUGUCUUUCCCUCCAAGGACUGUUUUGUGUGAAUGACUACAUCAACAACAUCACCUGUAUGUGGAACAGCUCGGGAAUAGAUCCAGACGUGGCCUGCCAGCUCCUCGGUACAAGAGAACAACAUAAUGGCAAUCCUUUGUAAGGAAUAUUUUUUGUUUGUCUUUAUUAUUACUGCAAUACAGAAAAUGACAGCAUUGUGUUUUGAGGUAUAAAUGCAUCCCUGUGUAAUAUGGAGAGUUUUACUUUUCAUUUAUUUUGUUUUGUAUAGCCAGAGUAGUUGCGAUCUCAAACCCUUGGAUAGGCCGGGGCAAGGUCAUUCUUUCAGAGGCUGCAGUUUUGUCUUUGCGAGCCAUGUAAGUUUUUACUGAUAUCAGAAUCAGAAUGAUAUACAGUAUGUUAUUUUCAAUAUAUAUGUUAUUGUACAUAUCAUUUUCAUUGUUUUCUAUAAAUCUAUCGAUUCCUAUUUUAUUUUUCAAAAGUAAACUAAAUAUAUCAUGUGAAAUAUAUUUUCAUAAAACGUCUUGUGAAAAUGAGAAUUCAAGUUAUCUUUCCUUAGAAUUCUUCUCCAUGAAUAUAGAACAGAUGCAAAGAGUUCUUACUUUAUUAAACAUGCAAUCUGUUUUCGGACUGUGUUUCUCUACAGUAUUUCAGUUCAGCCGAGCACCUCCCCAGCAUUAAGGUGGAGUGUAACGGGUCUGAGGUGGUAAACCUCCUAAAAUACACACCUAUCAACCACAGUGAGUGUCCACUCUAGUGUACCUGCGAGUAUACUGAAUGUAUGUACCACUAUCAAUGUAAACGUUGCUUUGGGAAGCAGCUGCUAAAUGACAAUAUGAUUAAGUCUUCAGACAAGGUUACCCAUCACCUGACCUUAGUUCACCAAAUCGCUUCCUCUAUACUUCCACUUCAUGAUAUUAGAUGACUGUGACAUCUCCCUCUGUUUCCUUACAGUUAAGAUGCAUCCUCCCGGUAUCCCGGUCAUCAUCAAUGGGACUAAUGCCACCUGGAGUGCUGGUAGUCCGCUGUCUAAGAAGAUCUUUGAAUAUGAGUUCCAGGUGAAGGUGAAGAGGGAAGACCAGCUAUGGAGGGUGAGUGAGACAGACAAAACAUUGUGUGGGUGGGUGUAAAAGUGUGUGGUAUUGGCUGAACACGCAGUAUUCCUGCUGAAUGAGUUAUAGUGAAUAUGAUUAGUGGGUAGUCAUGCAUAAUACCGGUGCCUGAGUAUAUAGCUGUGAUUUUGGGCUGAUUCUUCACUUCCAUAGAUAUCAAAGCAUGAUGUGUGUACAUUUGAGUUACACACACUCAUCUCAAAUCAAGAUUUCAGCCUAAAUAGUUUGAGACAGUCUUGUAGCUUUGUAGUGAUUAUGCUUAUGUUUGUCUAUCUGUCUGUCUCUGUAAGGAAGCCCAGAGUUUGACCAGACUUAAGCAAGAACUGUUGAUGGUGCUGGGUGUGGAGGAGAGUGGGAUUCAUCACAUCAGGGUGAGAGUCAAGCCGACCCAACCCGUCUCUACCCAUUGGAGUGACUGGAGCCCAACUGCCUCCUGGACAUCAGAGGGCGAGGUCUCACCAACCUUUGGUACGUUUGAUGCCAUGCCACAAACUAAAACCUUACAUCUACUAUAUGUUCAGUCAUGUAGACGACUCUCUAUCCUAUCCAGAGAAACUGACAGUCGGUGCAUAGUGAAGUUCAUGUGGCCCAUACAGGAAUAAAACUCAUUUGCUGGUCUACAAAAUUGUGUUAAUGACCUGUGUUAAAUGCAUUAAAUGCACCCAGAAGCAUUUCUGAGACCUAUAUUCCAACCGUACUCCCGUUCUCUGGUGUUUCAGUGAAUUCCCCGGACCUGACUUUGUGGCUGGUGUUGAGUAGUGCGUUUUUCACUCUCAUCGUUGUCAUGUUGCUAGUCUUCUACAAAAACCAAACAAACAAUAGGUGAGUAAUGCGUAAAGGUGGAUUAUAUGCAUGCAUGUAUGGAUUGUUGGGUCAGAUCAGGAGUGACACCUACGAACUUUGGCUCAGUGAGUUAAUUUGGUCUUGUGUCAUGUUGAUGACAUCGACUUGAUUUUAUCAUUGGUUACAUAAUCCAAUAUGAAGCAGAAUUUGCAGUCAGGACCUUAGGUCUGUUUGGGUAUGUAGUGUCAAGUUAAUUCUGGGACAGACCCAAGAUGGCUUAUUAAAAUCCAUGUUGUUUUGGUGCUCUACAGGAAACACCAGUAUGUGCCUGACCCUGCCAAGUACUUCCAGCCACUUAACUCUGUCCACGCUGGGAACUUUCAGGUACCUGGAAAAUACUCCAACUUCCUGCUAAACUUGAAACCUGUUGAACCAAUACAAUUAUGUUUAUGUGGCUUUAUUCACUAGCGUGGCAACAGAAUGAAAAAAUUGUUUUCUUGUUUUCUUGAUAUGAAAACCUAGUGGACGGCCUAAUAUAAUAUUCUGGAACCUGGUUGAGUGGAUAUGUCCGCAUUUAUGUCCUUAUUUAACUUUACUUACUACUUACUUACAUUUGAUGCUUAUAGUUUGGGAACAGUCUCUUUAGUUGCCAGUAAAAGGAAAGUGCCCAGCCACAGUAAAAACCCAAGGGAAACAUUAGUCAUGAGCACAGGCUCUUUGGUGUGGUUUCUCUGUUGUUUUGAAUUCCUUGCAGUAACAGUUAGAUGCAGACAUAGACACGCUCUCUCUACCACACGCACACAUUAACACACCAAUAAACUCACAUAUGCACUCAUUUUAGACUUACGAAUAAGCACACAGACACACACACACUGAUCUUGCAGUGACUUUCUAAACUUGCCAGUGUAGAUGCAGUAAAAUAGUUAUCCUUUGUCAUUUUGCCUAAGUCUCAGCAUAACAUUCAAUUUCACCAAUAACUGUAACACUGUACAGUGCUGCGUAUACUGACGUGUGUCUCUGGCCAUCCCCAUGCAGAAAUGGCUGAGCCCCUUGUUUUCUCCAGAGUCCUUCAUCACCGCCCAGCCCGGCGAGGACAUCUCCCCCGUGGAGGUGUCUGGAACAGACGUCUGGGACGUCACCGACUCCACCAGCUCCACCACCGCGGCCUUCCUCCUACACUCUGACCCCAACACCCCCUCUGAUGGCUGGAACAGCAGCGGCCAGUCCUCCUACUUCUCCAACAUCGGCAACUUCUACCACAACUACCCCAGCGGCCUCCACAUCGAGUCUUGCCCCGUCUACUUCAUCUACACGGGGGACCACAGCUCCCUCUCCGCCACCAUCAUCACCUCCUCCUCCUAUGAACGCCUAGAGCGUCUCUGUCGGCUGCAGAGGGAGCCCCAGAGCCCAGACUCUGGGUUCGGCAUGGAGGGUGUAGAGGGGGAGGACCAGGUGAUGGAGGAAGGAAAGGGUAAGAAGGAAAGGGUUGUGGUUCCAGUUGACCAUCAUUCACCCCCUCCUCUUGUCCUACCAGUCUCCCUGCCUGCUCGUAUCCCUCCAGGCCCUCACCAUCCCCUGAGUCUCCCCCAACUCCCCCUUCAUAAUCCUGAGUCAAACUCUGCCAUGGCGCCUAGUGGCAGUUACAAUGCGGGGCCAGUAGAAGCUGCUCUAGGCAGAUCCUCCUCAAUGACAGUGGAACCCAGUUGUAGUGGCUAUUUGACCAUUAAAGAGCUGCAGAAUACCUACAGCAACAAGUCUAUUUGA